CGAAAAGAAGAGGAAGAACAAGCGUGGCGUCUGUAUGGGCGCAAGCAUUUGAAGCUAACGAACCAAAACUCUGUUGGUUUUUUAAAAGAAGCAAAAAAACAAGAUUGCAGCCGUAAUAAAAUUACAAAAAAUAUCAAUAUGAAAGCAGUGCCCCGUACGCCAAUGCGCGUCCCGAAAACUCCCCGCGCUGCGCCCGCGCAUACGCACCCAGAGAAACGACGGGACGUGUCCAAUAAACAGCAGGAUCCGGUGAAUGUAUUCUGCCGUGUGCGUCCGCUGCAAUCGGAGGGCGAUCUGACGUGCAUGCGUGUCAAGAACACAACCACAAUUGCGCUCAAUUCGCAGGAUCAGCUGCUGCAUCCGAAGCAAAACGGCGCCCAGCGCGAGAUACAGUACAUCUUCAAGCAUGUCUUCCAGCCGGAUUCCAACCAGCAGGAGGUAUUCGCUGCCGUUGCGCAGCCGCUGGUCGAGAAUCUGGUGCGCGGCCGCAACAGUUUGCUCUUCACGUACGGCGUCACGGGCAGCGGAAAGACCUACACAAUGACGGGGAAUGCACGGCAUCGUGGCAUAAUGCCGCGCUGCCUGGAUUUGCUUUUUCGCACCAUAUCCGACUAUCAGGCCAAGAAGUUUGUCUUCAAGCCGGACCGGCUGAACGGCUUUGAGAUUCUGUCCGAGGAGGAUGCGUUGCUCGAGCGGCAGCAGGAAAUGAAUCAGCGUUUUGCGGGCGCCGGUCGCUUUGGCUUCCGGCGCAAGGACUCUGAUCCGGAAAUAGCCUCACAGGCCUCGGUGGAGCCAACGCCGCUCUCGGUGCUGGACGAGGACAACAUGUACUCGGUGUUCAUCACCUACGUGGAGAUGUACAACAACAGUGUCUACGAUCUGCUCGAGGACACGGGCGUACAGAAAUCCUUGCAGUGCAAAAUCAUACGCGAGGAUGCCAAUCAUCAGAUGUUUGUGCACGGCGUCACCGAGGUGGAGGUCAAGACGGUGGAAGAAGCUCUGGAGGUAUUCCAAAUGGGCCAGAAGCGCAAACGCAUGGGCAACACAAUACUCAAUGCCGAGUCGAGUCGCAGCCAUUCCGUGUUCAAUAUACGCCUGGUGCAGGCGCCCACCGAUUGCCAGGGCGAGCAUGUGGUCCAGGACAAGCACACGAUCACCGUUAGCCAGCUGUCGCUGGUGGAUUUGGCGGGCAGCGAACGCUCCUCGCGCACCAAGAACACGGGCGUCCGUCUGCGCGAGGCGGGCAACAUAAACAACUCGCUGAUGACGCUGCGCACCUGCCUGGAAUAUCUGCGCGAAAACCAGCAGCUGGCCGGUAAUGGGGCGGCCAAGAAGAUACCCUAUCGCGACUCAAAGAUCACGCACAUGUUCAAGAACUACUUUGAUGGCGAGGGCCAGGUGUCCAUGAUCGUGUGCGUCAAUCCGCGCAUCGAGGACUACGACGAGAAUAUGCAAGUCAUGAAGUUCGCCGAGAUGACGCAGGAGGUGCAAAUAGCGCGUGCCACGCCCAUGAAACCAGAUCUGGGCUUGACGCCCGGCCGUCGCAAGGCCAAUAAACUGUUCAAAAUCGCUGUCAACAAUCUGAACGAGCUGGGCAUACCCGAGGCCAAGCAGCUGGAGGUGGAUGUGGGCCUGGUGUACAGCUUGGGUCCAGAUUUUCCCAACUAUCAGAUGGACACUCCCGAGACGGAGUGCAAGAUACAGGAGCUGAUGCAGUAUCUAGAGCAGCGCAUCGAGAAGCGGCGCAAAUUGCGCGCCAACAUGGACAUUAAAUGUGACAAUUUCCGGCAAUUGCUGAUGAAUUUGGACCGCGACAAUCUGCAGCUGCGCACGGAGCUGGCCUCUCUGAAGGCCGUCUACAAGCAGGAGCGCGAGCGCAGCGCCGCGCUAGAGAACAAGGUGCGCAUACACGAGAGCUCCAUCGAUGUGCUCAACAAUACGGUUAGCAAGCGCGAGCGGCAGAUCCAGGAGCUCACCCAGAAGCUGAGCGAGCAGGAUUAUCUGCUCACGCAAAAGGAACAGGAGAAGGAGAAGCAGAAAAAGAAGUUCAACUCAAAGCUGGCCGUUGAAUCCGAUAAAAAUAAACGCGAGUUCGACAUGAAACUGCGCGAACAGCGCGCCAAGAUGCAGGAGCGAAUGCGCAUCAAGGACGAGAAGUUGCGCCUCGUCUCAAACAUUCUGCAGUCGGAGGACGUGCCCAGUCUGCCGCGUUCGCAGAGCUCAGAGAAUCUGCUGAACGACAAGGAACGCGGCGGCGGUGGCUUCACAGCUCGCACAGAGUCCUCCGCGCCGGCAACGACACGCACAGACAUCUAUUGCACGCCGCGACAUGGCUUGGCAGCUGCCAAUAACAGGCAUCGGAGAUCUCGCUCCGCCGGCGACAAGUGGCUGGAGCAUCGCGCUGCCAAUCCUGUGCCACUGGGCACCAUUAUGCAGCCAUAUUUAAAGAAUCGCAAGUCGGUUACCAAAUUGACGGACAUGAAGGAGCUAACCGGACAUGGCGCCAACAAAUAUUGUCUCGUCUCCCAGGAGGCGGACACCGAUGGCGACGUCGAGACCAAACUGUACAAGGGCAAUGUGAUACCCACCUGCGGCGGCGGUGCCCAGGUGGUAUUCGAUGAUGUCGAGUGCCUCAAACAAAAGUCACCUGUCCAUUCGCCGCCGCGCAAGCGUCCCAGCAAUGGCAAUUUGUCUGCCUCGGCAUUUGGUGGCCCGUUGCCAACCAGCACCACGGGGCUGACCUCCGUGCAGGAUGUUGCCUCGCGCUGCAAUUUGGGCAUCGAGGGACACAGCAGCAAGAAGUCCAAAAUGUAAAAGAUGCACUCAAAGAUAUACUCGCACCAUAAAAACAUUAUCCACGUGUUUUUCUAUCCAGUUAAAAUUAUGUAUUAUACUCAGUCGAUUGACCCCCAUUUAUAAGUUGAAUCAUGAAUGAAUUGAUUUGUUUUAAGUUAACGAACACAAUUAAAGAAGUCCAUUAUA